UCACGGGGCGGGGGGGGAGGGGGGGACGCGCAGGGGGGACCCCGACUCCCGGCCUCGCUGCCCGGCAGGCCCCGGAUCCCGCAGACCCCCCCCCCAAAAAACCAACCCGCGACCCCCGGGGCUGGCGGGGACCCUCCUGCGACCCCCGGGGGGGGCGCGGGGCUGAGACCCCUCCCCCCCUUCCCCUCCCCCACCCUGCCCGGAGCCCCCGGGCCGCGACCCCUCCCCCCGGAACAGCCCCCCAUGGGCCGGCGAUGGAGGUGAGGGGUCACAUCCUGCCCCCCGGCACCUACAGCCCCGCAGGGGGUCCGGCGGGGCGGCUGCAGGAGCUGCGGGAGCGGCAACGGGGGCUGCGCCAGGCGCUGGGGCUGCGCCUGCGGGAGCUGCGGCGCCUCUGCCUGCAGGAGGCCGAGCUGACGGGGAAGCUGCCCCCCGAGUACCCCCUGGAGCCCGGAGAGAGACCCCAGCCCCCGCCCCGGCGCCGCUCCGGGGGCCCCCCGCGGGGACCCCCCCCCGAGUGGCCCCUGUACCCCGCCGGUGGCUCCCGUCCCCCCGUGUGUCACAUGGGGACCCCAACGUCCUGCGGGUCCCCACACGCUCUGGUGAGCAGGGCCCGGCGCGAGGCGCAGGCCCAGGCGCAGGUGCAGGCCCAGGUGCUGGAGGCCGCACGGCCCUUUCCCAUUUCCCCAUUUUCCCCAAUUUCUCUCCAUAUUCCCCACAUUUCUCCCCGUUUUCCCCCCAUUUCUCUCAGUUUUCCCGCUUUAACCCCAUAUUUCCCCUCAGAUGAGCAGGGCCCGGCGCGAGGCGCAGGCCCAGGCGCAGGGCAGGCCCAGGUGCUGGAGGCCGCUCGCCGUUUGGCUGCCGUGCCGGGGUUGCCGCCCGAGCAGCGGCGCCGGCGGCAGCGGCUCCAGGCCGAGGCUGCCCAGAGGCUGCGGCAGCUCCGGGCUCAGCUCGGGGCCCCCGGGCACGAUGAGAACGGGUCCCUGUGUGACCUGCCCGCGCUGGAGAACGGAGCUCUGCCCCCCCCCAAGCCCCCCCCGGGCCGCCCCUCCCCCCCCCGGGGGGGCUCCAGCCCCGAGCGCCGCCCGGGACCCCCCUGGACCCCCGAGGUGGCCCCGGGGCGCCGCAGCUCGCUGGCCAGCCCGGCCAGCCCGGCCCGGACCCUGCCCCGCAGCGCCUCGAGCUUCGAGGGCCGGAGCGUCCCGGCCACGCCCGUGCUGGGCCGGAGCCCCCGCGGGAGCGGCCCCGGCCGCCCCGAAGCCCCGGGCCUUCCCCCCCGCCCCUGGUCCGGCAGCCAGGACUCCCAGCUCGGGGGUCCCCCCGCCCCGUGCCCACCCCCCCCCGGCGCCCCCCGCACCCGCCGCAGCAACAGCUCCGAGGCUUUGAUCGAUUGGGGAGGGGGCGGCGGCGCUGCGGGACCCUCGGAGACCCCCCCGGAAUCAUCACGGGCUCGGGGAGUUCUGGGGGUCGCUCCCGGUGGGGCGGGGGUCGCGAUGUUGGGGCCGGAGCAGCGGCGCAGUCAGAAGUGGCUGGCGCUGGAGGGGCUGCGGGACUGGUACCUGCGGCACACCGGGACCGGCACCGGGACAGGAACCGGAACCGGGACCGGCACCGGGACCCCCCCCGCGGCUCGGCCCGGCCACACCUGGGCGCCCCCCCCGCGCCGCCGCGACCCCCCCGGGCUGCCGCACUCGCUCAGCUACGCCGGGGCUUUGGCGCCCAGGGCCUCCGGGGACACCCCCGGGGCCACCCCCCCACCCCCCCUGGAGCCGCAGCCCCCCGGGACCCUCGUGUGACCCCAACCCCAGCCCUGCCCACGGGGAGGGGUCCCCAGGUUUAUUUUGGGGGGGGUGGGGGAGAGGGGGGGGGAUCCCCAAAAUCCCGGCCCCCCCUCGGCCGCUCCUGGCGAGUGGCCGCGUUUGGGGGGGCCCCGUCGCUCGCCCCCCCCUCGGGGUUUGGGGGGGUCUG